GGGGCGUCGCUGUCGGUCGGGCUUCGAGCCCUUUGGGGCCCUACGGAGUAAAUCCGAGCGCACGCGGGAGGGCUGAGGAAGCCGCGGGCCUGGGGAGAGACCUGAGAAAGGCGUGCAGGGACGUCCCCGCUGUCCCCCAGAAGGGUCAAAGCCAGAGGGUAGCGCGAAUUGACAGAAGCGCUGUGGGCUGGACGGGAUUCCCGAGGCCUGACAGGGGGGACAUUGAGGCUCGGACAGUGCCCCAAGAUACAAAAUGUCCGUUGUUCGUUCUACCGUCCAUGCCAAAUGGAUUGUGGGAAAGGUGGUUGGGACAGCAAUGCAAAAAACUGCCAAAGUGCACGUAAACAGGCUUGUUCUGGAUCCCUACUUACUAAAGUAUUUUAAUAAGCGAAAAACCUAUUUUGCUCAUGAUGCCUUAGAACAGUGCACAGUGGGAGACAUUGUGCUUCUCAGAGCAUUACCAGUGCCACGAACCAAGCACGUGAAACAUGAAUUGGUGGAGAUCAUCUUCAAAGUUGGAAGAGUCAUUGACCCAAUUACUGGAAAACCUUGUGCUGGAACUGAGUACCUAGAAAGCCCAACGUGUUCCAAGAUUGCCCCACUCACCCAGAGUCUGAAAGAGCUGGAUAUUUCCACAACAUAGCAAAGAAAUGAAGCCCAGAAGAAGCUGUCCAAGAGACAUUUUUGUAUUUGUUUUCCAUCCCAGCCGUCCUGGUUUGGUAGAUGAAGUAUCCAAAGCUAAAAUAAGUAAGGAACUUUUUGAAGAAUGUGGUUUUUCACAAUGAACAGUGACAGUUUUAAUUGAAAUGGCCUCAUCAGAACGGCAAUGAAAAUACCACUUUCUUAUCGUCUCUGAGGUUAUAGCAAUAGGCUACAUUAUUAAAUAAGGUUAUUGUUUGAUCCACAGAAAUUUAAAAUAUCAUAGGAGCUUGGAGUGGGGUGGGGUGAUGAAUAAGGAAUUUGUAAAUAAUGAUCCUUUUUUAAUAUAUUAAAAUGACUUGGAAGUACCUUGCAUAAA